AUGGGAACACUGGGGCACGGGAACACUGGGGCACGGGAGCACUGGGGCGCGGGAGCACUGGGGCGCGGGAACACUGGGGCACGGGAACACUGGGGCACGGGAACACUGGGGCACGGGAGCACUGGGGCACGGGAACACUGGGGUAUGGGAACACUGGGGCACGGGAACACUGGGGCACGGGAGCACUGGGGCACGGGAACACUGGGGUAUGGGAACACUGGGGCACGGGAACACUGGGGCACGGGAACACUGGGGCACGGGAGCACUGGGGCACGGGAACACUGGGGUAUGGGAACACUGGGGCACGGGAACACUGGGGCACGGGAGCACUGGGGCACGGGAACACUGGGGUAUGGGAACACUGGGGCACGGGAACACUGGGGCACGGGAGCACUGGGGCGCGGGAACACUGGGGUAUGGGAACACUGGGGCACGGGAACACUGGGGCACGGGAGCACUGGGGCGCGGGAGCACUGGGGCGCGGGAACACUGGGGCACGGGAACACUGGGGCACGGGAACACUGGGGCACGGGAGCACUGGGGCACGGGAACACUGGGGCACGGGAACACUGGGGCACGGGAACACUGAGGCACGGGAACACUGGGGCACGGGAACACUGGGGCACGGGAGCACUGGGGCACGGGAACACUGGGGCACGGGAACACUGGGGCGCGGGAGCACUGGGGCGCGGGAACACUGGGGCACGGGAACACUGGGGCACGGGAGCACUGGGGCACGGGAGCACUGGGGCACGGGAGCACUGGGGCGCGGGAACACUGGGGCACGGGAACACUGGGGUAUGGGAACACUGGGGCAUGGGAACACUGGGGCACGGGAACACUGGGGUAUGGGAACACUGGGUAUGGGAACACUGGGGCACGGGAACACUGGGGUAUGGGAACACUGGGGCACUGGGGCACGGGAGCACUGGGGCACGGGAGCACUGGGGUAUGGGAACACUGGGGCACGGGAACACUGGGGCGCGGGAACACUGGGGCGCGGGAGCACUGGGGCGCGGGAACACUGGGGCACGGGAACACUGGGGCACGGGAACACUGGGGCACGGGAGCACUGGGGCACGGGAACACUGGGGCACGGGAGCACUGGGGCACGGGAGCACUGGGGUAUGGGAACACUGGGGCACGGGAACACUGGGGCACGGGAACACUGGGGCGCGGGAGCACUGGGGCGCGGGAACACUGGGGCACGGGAGCACUGGGGCACGGGAGCACUGGGGCACGGGAACACUGGGGCACGGGAACACUGGGGCACGGGAACACUGGGGCACGGGAACACUGGGGCACGGGAACACUGGGGCACGGAAGCACUGGGGCACGGGAGCACUGGGGCACGGGAACACUGGGGCACGGGAGCACUGGGGCACGGGAGCACUGGGGCACGGGAGCACUGGGGCACGGGAACACUGGGGCGCGGGAGCACUGGGGCGCGGGAACACUGGGGCACGGGAACACUGGGGCACGGGAGCACUGGGGCACGGGAGCACUGGGGCACGGGAACACUGGGGCACGGGAACACUGGGGUAUGGGAACACUGGGGCACGGGAACACUGGGGUAUGGGAACACUGGGGUAUGGAACACUGGGGCACGGGAACACUGGGGCGCGGGAGCACUGGGGCGCGGGAACACUGGGGCACGGGAACACUGGGGCACGGGAACACUGGGGCACGGGAGCACUGGGGCACGGGAACACUGGGGCACGGGAACACUGGGGUAUGGGAACACUGGGGCAUGGGAACACUGGGGCACGGGAACACUGGGGCACGGGAACACUGAGGCACGGGAACACUGGGGUACGGGAGCACUGGGCACGGGAGCACUGGGGCACGGGAGCACUGGGGCACGGGAGCACUGGGGUAUGGGAACACUGGGGUAUGGGAACACUGGGGCACGGGAACACUGGGGCACGGGAGCACUGGGGCACGGGAGCACUGGGGCACGGGAACACUGGGGCACGGGAACACUGGGGCACGGGAGCACUGGGGCACGGGAGCACUGAGGCACGGGAGCACUGGGGCACGGGAACACUGGGGCACGGGACACUGGGGCACGGGAACACUGGGCGCGGGAGCACUGGGCGCGGGAACACUGGGGCACGGGAACACUGGGGCAUGGGAACACUGGGGCAUGGGAACACUGGGGCACGGGAACACUGGGGCACGGGAACACUGAGGCACGGGAACACUGGGGUAUGGGAGCACUGGGGCACGGGAGCACUGGGGCACGGGAGCACUGGGGCACGGGAGCACUGGGGUAUGGGAACACUGGGGUAUGGAACACUGGGGCACGGAACACUGGGGUAUGGGAACACUGGGGCACGGGAGCACUGGGGCACGGGAGCACUGGGGCACGGGAGCACUGGGGCACGGGAACACUGGGGCACGGGAACACUGGGGCACGGGAACACUGGGGCACGGGAACACUGGGGCACGGGAACACUGGGGCACGGGAGCACUGGGGCACGGGAACACUGGGGCACGGGAACACUGGGGCACGGGAACACUGGGGCACGGGAACACUGGGGCACGGGAGCACUGGGGCACGGGAGCACUGAGGCACGGAGCACUGGGGUAUGGGAACACUGGGGCACGGGAACACUGGGGCACGAGCAUGGGGCGCGGAGCACUGGGGCGCGGGAACACUGGGGCACGGGAACACUGGGGCACGGGAGCACUGGGGCACGGGAACACUGGGGCACGGGAACACUGAGGCACGGGAAACUGGGGUAUGGGAACACUGGGGCAUGGGAACACUGGGGCACGGGAACACUGGGGCACAGGAACACUGGAGCACGGGAAGACUGGGACACGUUAAAAAUGGGGCACAAGAGCACUGGAGCACUGCAAGUCUGGGGCACGGGAACAUCAGUUAUUUUCCCUCCACAACACCUUAAAUCCCAGUCAAGUUAA